UCGUGCCUCGCAAUUGGCGUCCCGGGCAUCCGUGUAUCGUGCGAAGCGAACAUAUCCAGGAUUCCGACAUAGACCGUGACUUCAUUCUUAAUUUUGGAGGGGCACGAUUGAUACGUAGCCUCCAUCGAGACAGAGUCAAUGGCGAAAGUGGCGAUCAUCACUGGCGCAUCAUCCGGUAUCGGGCGUACGAGUGCUAUCGCGCUGUCUGAGAAGGGAUGGUCAGUCGUCCUCUUCGCGAGACGUCUGGAGAAUCUCCUCGAGACGAAGGCUAUGUGUGCCGAUCCUGAGCAGUGUCUGGCCAUCCAGGGAGAUGUCACUAGUGAGGAGAUGGUGUUAGAUCUGUUUCGACAGACCAUAAGCCGUUUUGGUCGGCUUGAUUUACUGUUCAAUAAUGCUGGCAUUAGCGCUCCGCAAAUCCCGAUCGAGGAGCUGACCCUCUCGCAAUUUGAGCAAGUGGUCAAUGUCAAUCUGGUCGGGACCUUCCUCUGCACACGCGAGGCAGUGAAGAUCUUCAAGAGCCAGACACCCCAGGGCGGACGUAUCAUCAACAACGGGUCAAUCUCUGCAUACACCCCUCGUCCGCACUCUACUCCGUACACAUCGACCAAGCAUGCCGUGUUGGGCAUGACAAAAUCGACCUUACUGGAUGGACGAAAGUUUAACAUCACUUGCACGCAGAUUGACAUCGGAAACGCACAAACGGACAUGGCCGGGAGCCAUUCGGACGGGGCGAUGCAACCCGACGGACGAAUAGUUCCCGAGCACAUGAUGGACGUGAAGCAUGUCGGAGAUGCGGUCGCGUACAUUGCAGGACUCCCACACGAAGUGACAGUCCUCACCUUCAACAUAAUGGCCACUAGGAUGCCGUUUGUCGGAAGGGGAUGACGGAUCGAAAGGCUCAAUGCAUGUGCAUAUUAAAUCGAAAUUAUACCGGUUGCAAGCAGCAAGUCAUCAUAAUGUUUGUCGCACCGACGGUCAAGUUUUCUUGGUGUGCUUAUUCACUCUGCGUUGACCAUUAACAGAUUGCAUAUGAGUUGUAAUAAUAGUUCAGUAGGCUAUCAGCUUAGUCGGAAUGAAACGCUUUGUAAGUGGCUCUUCAAGCGGAG